AAAAGGCCGACUCGCAGAGAUUGGCGCUUGUUCGAUUUUCCUCAGUUCUGUUCGGCGAACGCAGCGCGAUAGGUCGUUUCUCGCGCGAAUGCCUCGCUCGUAUGUAAAUAUCGCGACGUCGUUUUCCUGGAUAAACGUCGAUCGCUAUCGAACUGUUACAGGACUGACCAGCUCCCUCAUUACCGGAAGUCAUUAUCGCGCAUACCAAGAAGCGCAGUAUGAGAGCUCGAAUAGUUUUAUUAGGAAUUUUGUUCAUCUGCACGAGCAUUCGAUAUGCAGAUAGCAGAUCAAAGAAAACGACGCAGCUGUCAUUGCAGAGCAAAGAAACUAACGUGGUAAAUUUUAUGCGGCUAUUGGUGAUGAGAUUGGUCUUUGGAGUAGCCUCGGCGAUGGGGUUAGGUGAAAAUCUCUCGGGUGUACUCGGUGGAAUUUUCGUGCCGCCCGGAGCUGAAGAAUACAAUGAGGACUACGGAGAUGAUGAUUUAAUUGUACCUGAUAUUUUCUAGUAGAUAUUUUUCAUAGCCCGAUCGCGUAUCUUCGACAGUGUUCGACCCCACGCGCGCGCACGCGCGUGCGACUCUG